AUGGCCGACCCUCUCAGCAUCGCUGGCUCAGUUGCUGGAUUGUUGGCCACGGCGGUCAAAGUGUACAACACCACCUCCAAUUUCGUCUCCAGCGCCAUCGAUGCCCCCGAGUCCGCGAUGCAAAUGUUUCGAAUCAUUGAAGAGACGAAGAUGACUCUGUCUUCUGUCCACAAGCUACUUCAUUCCCUCGACACCUUCCCCAGUUCCCGCAAAAACAUGAUCCAGCUCGACCACCUUUCGAUCGUCAUCACGCACUCGGUCCUGACCCUUUCAAAACUUGAAUCUAUCGUCUGCCAGCAGGAUGGAUUGCGGUCCCGGAUGAAAUGGGCGCUGUGGCACGAAAAGAAGAUCCUAGCUCUUCUUCCUCGGUUGGAGUCCCAGAAGUCAACAUUGGCUGUAAUGGUCACAAUUCUCAAUAGCGAGACCCAAGAAGAAGCGGUUCGCUCUCAAGCUACUAUGUUGGCCAAAGUGGACGAAAUUCUUGAGCAAAAUCGGACAUUGGCCGAACAACUGAAGCUGCUCGAUAGCGAAACGUCGUGGGACACGAGGUCCGUCAAGUUCAUGGACAAUGCGUCCUCAAGACUGAGUAGACCUGUGUCUACACAAAGUGCUGUCUACAGACCCUCUUCAGCCGUCUUUCGGAGGCCACAAUCUUCGGAGGGAUCAAUGAACAUGACGCUAUCAAAAAGAAAUUUCGAGCUCGACCUAGGUCAAUCGAGGGUUUAUAAACGGACCCAAGAUCGCGAAACAGACAGAUCCUCAUUCACAACAUCCAACGCCCCGACAAGUGCUUGGAGUAUGCUCUCGGGUCUCAGUAUCGGCGACAUUUCCAUUGUGUCGGCGUUUAGAUUGCCACUUACUCUCAAGGAGAUCAACAAAAUUGCACUAGGGUCAAUAUUCUCAAGUCUUUUGAUGGACCAUCAAUCCAUGGAAGACCAGACUCGACCCAGCCAAUUGGAGCGCAGCGACUCUCUGUCAAGAGCUAUUAUUAGGGGCAAAAGAUUGGCUGGAACGUUAGCUCUUAAACUUGAUGAGUCUGAUGACAUGGCGUUCAGAGAGCCCAGAAUUCAACAUGAAGGAUUGACAACUUUCACGUGA